AUGACGCAAGCGCCGCCGAUGCACCGCUACUCGCUGCCGUCCUCGGGCCACCGCUUGGACCGGACCCGUGUCGACAUCCUGCGCGCGGCCGUGCGGGUCACGGACGACUUGCCCAAGCCCUGCCGCGCCAACACGUUCUUUGUCAUGAAGGUCUACGACGGCUCCGACUACCACAUCAUCGAGCAGAGCUGGUCGGCCUUUCGGGAGCUCAAGGCGAAUUUGCUCGCGGCGCUCGCCAAAGGCCACAAGUGCGGGAACGGACCGCUCUGCGGCCAGCUCCACGGGCAUCUGAAGCGCAACUUUGACCGGCCAAAGAGCGCAAAUCUGCGCAUGUGGCUCCAGCUGCGUCUACGCCCGCACAAGGAGGUGGCGACAGCCCUCUUUCUUCAGCAUUUUCAAGACCUUUUGGACACGCUUCUGGUCGUGCUGCGCCAGGACACGAUCGACUGCGUCGCCUUUGGAAAUCUGCGCUCGGUGUUUGCGCACUUUAUUGCCGUACGACCGCCGACCGUGCUCGAGGCCGCGCCUGCCUUGACGAUCCCGGACAUCAUCCGGCAUUCGCGCGUGUCCUGGGGCUCGAGCCGCUCGAUGGACGACGACGAGCCAAGCCCGACGCAUCGCCUCGACCGGACGCGCGUCACGAUCGAACGGGCUUCGGUGCGCCUCCCAAAAGAUAAGAAGAAGCCCGACAGCUCGUGCAUCUUCUUUAUCAUCAAAGUCGACAAGGGCGACGGCUGCCACAUUAUCGAGCAGAGCUGGGCGGCCUUCUCGGAGCUCAAAGAAGACCUCUUGACGGCGCUUGAUGCCGGCCACGCGUGCAGCGGCGUGUGCCCGUGGCUCUGGGAAGACCUUCACCACAACUUUGACUACCCGACCAAGAAGGUCAACCUCCGCACGUGGCUGCACCUCCGCCUGCGCCGCCGCACCAAAGACACGAUCCAAGUGUUUCUCGAGCACUUUCAGGAGCUCCUCGACUCGAUGCUGACUGUGCUGCGCCAGCGCCACAUUCACUGCCGCCAGUUCCACGACGUCUGCGCCGUCCUCGCGCGCUUCAUUGACGUGCGCCCGCCAACGCUCCUCGGGUCGCCCGAGCCCCGCUCGUAUCACAGCGCCACCAUGUCGAGCACGGGUUGCGUCGAAUGCUAAGUAGAUAGUCAUGUUAGGUAGCGAUAGCGUAGUCAUAUUUAUUUACUAAAAGACAUGUUGCGUCGA